AUGUUUGAGUUGGCCCAACAACUCAGUAGGAUAUGGUUGGGGAAUCCUGGUGAGGUAGAAAGGACGCGAUGGAAAGAAGAGUGGUUUAAAGAAGGCGUUGCAACAUACUUCGCUUAUUAUUAUCUGACUCAGCAUAAUCACGGUAAACCACGAUCAAACUACCGCCUACCACUGACAACGUAUGGACUGAAGAUGAAGCACAGAGCGAUGUCAGUAGAUUGGCACCAUUCCACCCCAGCUUUGAUCAGCUUUAACAGAACUCUAGCUAUCGAGAUACCAGUCAGAUAUAAAGAUUUGUUUACGAUGAAGACCGCGUCAAUACUGUGGAUGGUUGAGAACUGGAUUGGCUCACAGAAGUUUCAUCAAGCAAUGAUGAAUUAUAUAAACAGCAGAAGAGGUCGUUACAUUUCGUUGGACGACUUCAUGGCCAGUUUAGAUCAUGACACCGUGGAAUGCCUCAACCAAUUCUUCAAUGGCUCAACUGCAUCUAGAGUUCUGAAUUCCUGGUUCUAUCAGUCAGGAUAUCCAGUUGUUGAGGUCAAAGUAUUCAGAGAUAGGACUCCAAAUGCAAUACAAUUGAAACAGAGGAAAUUCAGUUUCGACGUUCGAAACCGUGUGGAUUCAAACUAUCUCAUUCCUAUUUCGUACAUCGUGCAGAACAAUGAGAACUGCUACAACUGUCACAUGCCGAGGUUCACUAUCGGGAGUCAAACCUACACUUUCGGGGAGAACCUGAACGGUGGCUGGAUCAUUCUAAAUCGGAAUGCUUCGGGUUAUUACCGAGUUAACUACGAUAAUAACACGUGGAAGCUCAUUGCAAAAACCCUCAGAGAAGAUCAUCUGUCGAUUGAUGAACUCAACCGAGCGCAGAUCGUGAAUGACAUAUUAGCUCUGUACGCAGCCGGUGACGUCAGAGAUGAUGCAGCAAUAGAGGUGUUGGACUAUUUAAACUUAGAACUAAGUCCUGUCGUUUGGGACGCAGCUGUUUCUGGGUUUGAUCUGUUGAAGACAGAGGGAGGGCAUAUGACGAAGAUAUCAUACGAAGAAUGGCAGACUAAAGCCUUCUUUGAUUAA